AUGUUCAGCCGUGGGAAGAAGCCGGGCCUGGACGUUGUUGGCACGUUCAAAGCCCAUGUUGUGACCCAGCUGCGCCUCCUCCAGGAAGACGCCGCAGACCUCUUCAAGGAGGAGCAGCUCACGCCUCUCCAGUACUUAGAGGACCGNCAAAAUCACCCUGAGGACCAACGGGCGGCGGCGUUCAGCGCGUCCUUCAGGUGGGCACGAAAAUGGGCAAAGAGGCAUAAGCUGUCCAAACGGCGCAGGAGCAACCUCAAGAACAAGUCUGUUGAAGAGCGCCUACCAAAGAUCCAGCGCUUCCACCGGCGGUUUCGCAAGCUCCUGCAAGAGCCGGUACGGUACAGGGCACCCGAGGCAUCGGACGUGUCGGCGAUGUCGACGGUCGCGGAGGGAGAGUCCAGAGAUCCCAAGUACGGUCAGUUCCAGCUCUGGGAGCGUUGGAAUGUGGAUCAAGUGCCUUUGCCAUUCGUGAACGGGCUGAUCAGCACGUGGGAGAAGACAGGCGCGUUGCGUGUAGCCGUCUCGCAGCCCUUUGCUGGCCUAGGGAAAAGGAAGUGCACCAUGCAAGUCAUCUUUGGUCCGGGUGAGAAGACUAUGCGGAUUUCGGUGAUUUUCCGAGGCCAGGGGAAGCGGAUUUCGCCGGUGGAGAAAGCCGCGUACCACAAGGACGUGGACGUGUUUUUCCAGGAGAAUGCGUGGGCGGACCAAAAGUUCUGCAUGGAGUGGGCCAAGAGGUCGUACCGCGAAGGCCUGAUCCGCGGGCGGGGUGAGCUCCCCAAGGCGAGGUCCAUUCUGAUAAUGGACAACUUGCACGCGCAGACCACGGACGAGUUCAAGGGGUAUCUUGCGAAGCAGUGCAACACUAUCGCCUGGCUUGGCCCUGCGGAGUGCACGGACGAGGUGCAGCCAGUUGAUGCAGGAGCCGGACGAUUUCUCAAGGUGGAAGUUGGUAACGAGAUGGACAAGUGGCUCGAUCAGUCGGACAACAUCGAGAGGUGGGAAACCGCGUCGCUGACAGCAUCUGACCGGCGCGUACUGAUCACUCAAUGGACGGGAGCGGCCAUGGCAAAACUCAACAGCAAUCAGGGGUACCGACACCGCCUUUUCGAAAAGUGCGGGAUGGCGAUGACCGUGGACGGCUCAGGCGAUGAUCGAAUCACCUUGGAGGGUUUGGACCAGCCGUACACCUUCGCAAACGAUGAAGACUCCAGCGAGAACGAAGGAGGUUCGGAGGACGGCAGCGAUGGGCCCGAGGGGCGGGAGGAGGAGGGCGCCGGAAGGCGCGAGCCGGUCGUCGGGGAUGAGCGCAACGGUGCCAACAGCGGGGAGGGAAUGGAGGGCGCUGGAUACAGCGAUGAAGACGACGACAGCAAGUUUGAUUGGCACUACAUAGACUACAAUUAAUUCAUU